UACACCAAGGAGGAAAGAUGUCUGCUGUAGAGACAAUGGCCCGCGUGUUCAUGAUAUUCACGUGCUGUACAUUUGUAUCUGCUGCCUUACGUCCCUUCAAUAACAAUCGGAAUCCCUUCAGUAACAAUCGGAACCAGUAUUUCCCAAGACAUGGCUUUGCUAAUUUCCAACAAGGGGGAUAUUACCAAGGUGGAUAUUUUGAUAAUCAGAAUCCAAAUCCUGGCUGUGCGAAAACUUUGACGAAGGCGGAUUGCCCUUUGUUUGACUACAAGUCCAGUAUAGUCAACAGACAUGACUUCGUGAACGCACUUUCCUCAGAACCUGUAUGGUUUAACAUAUACAGCAAAGAGAUUGGCACCGAGAAUUAUGGCAAAUGUCGACUUAGAUAUGAAUCGCCUGAUGCAAAUGGAGACUUUGUUCAAAGGGAGCAGUGUUUUGACUUUGGAAGAAACGGCUGUGUUGAUUUAACUAUAUCGGUAAGAUUAGAAGAGGACGAAUGUGGAGUACUUAAAAUACAAGGAGUAAAUGAUUCAACAGUCGAGACGAUACACAGUCAAGAUAUUAAUCAGUACUAUUUGAGGGACAUAUGCGUCAACAAACAAGGCGAAGAAUGCGCGGGAGGUCGUUUCAUUGACGUUAACGUGAGCGGAAGUCGACUGGUCGAUAGAAGUGACAGUUCCAGUUCUUCCAGCUCUGAAUCUGGCCAUGGCACAGAUGACGGUGACGAUGUUGAUCUGACGGGUGUACCGUGGGACCUCAUCUCCGCCGAUCUGAAAAACAUCUACAACAUUGACUUUUCAGACCCAGAAAUGAGAUAUGUUUUUGUAGGAAUUGAGUGUCCAACGUAAAGCCUGAAAAGACGUUUCUACGGGAUUGGUAUAUCUCUGUUCAGUUGAUAUGUUUGAAGACACGUUACACGUUAUUUUACAAUAUGAUUCACUCUUUUUCUUCGUUUCUGUGUUUCUUUACAAAAGUUGUAAAAUAUAAAUAGGUUAUGUAUCGCCUAACUGGUUUAGUUUUCAACAAGAAAUAUUUCGUGCAUUUUCAA